GACUGAUGUUGCCCGGCAACGGCUUAAAGUGAAAAGCCCAGUACAGAGUUCCUGGAGUCCAGUACGUGCGGGAGAGAAGGGGUGUGUGCUAGUUAAGCAUGAGGUGUUGGGCAUAGGGAAACGAGCUGGCAGCUAGCUAAAGGUAAACUGCACCUAGACGGGAACAAGCUGUGCGGCCUUAAAGCCCAAGAUCUGGAGCUCCUGCAGAAUGAUGGGAUCAGGCAAUGGGCGUAGAGGAAUGAAGUCACCACCUCUUCUUAUAGCUGUACUAUUGGCAUGUAUUUUUGUUUUAACAAUAAACUACUGGCUCACAAGCUCAAGAUGUGCCGAACUGCAGAAUCAAUUGGCAGACCUAGAGAGCAGGAUGCAUAGGAUAGCUGCGGAACGUGGAGCAGUUGAGCUGAAGAAGAAUGAAUUCCAGGACAAGCUAGAAAGGCAGAAGAAACAGAUUGACACUAUCCAGUCCUUGCAUAACUCCCAGUUGCAAAAUGCGAAUGAGGCGUGCCACAAUGAAAAGGAGACAUUAUUAGAUACCAUAUCAGAGAAAGAAAAGGUUAUGCAGGAUCUAUAUGGGCAGAUCAAGACUCAAGAACAAAACCUGUCAAAAUUAAAACUUGACUUUGAACAACUACAGGAAAGCCAGGCUAAGAAAUCCACAUUCGAGCUAGCCCAGUGCAGCUAUAAAAUGAAGGAACUCAGUGAGCAGUGUGAGGAGAAGUUGCGGAGAGCCUUAGGUGGAGGUGGGACUAAAGCACAAGAUGAAAAUGCUGAUACUCAAAAUACACCCAAGAUAAACGAUACUCAGGGGGUGAACCCAAAGCAAAAGCCAGAGCCAGCAAAGGGCUCCAUAGUGGGUGAUGUGUUGGCAAAUAAACUGAAGAGGGAGGACAAGGGGGAGGAACCUUUAAAGGCCAAAGAAGCAGCAGCAGCAGCAGAAGAAAACAAAGUGGAGCAGGAAACAAAUAAUGAAGAAGUGGAAAGGGAGCAUCUGCUCAACCUAGAAGGUCAGCAGGAAGAGGCAGCAGAAGAAAAACAAGCUCCAAAUCCGGUUAAGCAGGGUGCAGAGCAAGGUCUGCUGAAUGAUUACAAUGGAGAUGAAGGGAAUGAAGCUGAGCCUGAGGCAGACAAACAGGCUGAACUUGCAGAUGAUCAGAAUUUAAAUGAUAAUCCAGAACAAGAGAAGAAACCUGAUCAAGAAGAUAAUCUUCCACUUCCAAACCUUCCUGAUGCUCCAGAUCUACCAAAACUUCCAGAUGCUCCAGAACUUCCAAAUGCUGCAAAUCCCGCAGUACCUGAUGAAGUGAAUAAGGAUAAGCCAAUCCUUAGAAAAUAAAUGCAUGUACUUUGCAAUAUUCCCUGGGGAUGCCCAUGUGGCUUGUAGCAAGGCAGUGUGGUGUUUGGCAACAGGGAUGCAAUCAAGGGGAACAGAUAAAGUAGGAAAAUGCAGAUUAAUGCAUCAGCAACAAGAUGAACUACAAUCAUUUUACCAAAUCAAGACUUUUUAAUUUUCUUUUUGGUGUGCUCUUUAAUUGUAAAGUCACAUCAAUAACUCUGCGAGUGAAAAAAAUGAACACUUCUCAUGGCUGCACAGUGAUAUCCCAUUAGUACUGGUUACUUGCCAAGGGGCAGCCUUUUGCAAUAACAGGGGGGGUGGUGUUGAAAAGGGAUCCCUUCUGCUGGGUAUAGUGAAACUGUGUCUGUGUCUGUGUCUGCAGAUUCAUCUUGUGGGACUUUUCUGUUUUAUUUUGUGAAUACCAAACCAUUUUAUUUUGAAUUAAUGGGAAACAUCCAAAGGGUUUAAUGCCAUGCUGAACUGAUGCAGUUUACUACUCACCAGCCUUGGAGCUACUGGUGGAUCACAAUCUCUGUAUCUAAACAUAGGCUCAUAAAGCCACUGACUCUGUGGUUGGAAUCCUUGUAUGGCAUGCCAGAUAUUUGGCCAAAAGUCAGCCAGCUAUCUAUCUGGCAGGGUUAAAAAAAAAAUCCCAUCAAAUGAGCAAUGCAUCAACAUGUUGAUGCACCCGCUGCCGGCUGGUCUUCCUAAUGCACCCAAUUAUGACCUGAUCACUAGCUUGGGGGCCAAGUUAUUUGUAAAUGUAAUUGCUAUUGUGCACACUGCUCAUUCUUUAUAUUGAAUCACUAUAGCAAAAAACAGCUGAUUCACAGGCUUUACAUCGUUUCAAGAGUCAGAAUCAAACAGUGCAGAAAGAGACAUGUACAGCUUUUAGUUGCAAUUGCAUUUAGGUUUAGAACCAUUAAAAUGUUUAAUACAUGUAUAUUUGGGUAUGUUGCUAAUUGGAUCUUCUGUGAUUUCUUAUUUGUAGCAUUUUCUAGCUUUAUGCAGUAGGCACCAUUAGUUUUAAUAACAUGGCUUCUUUCUCAUUCUGGGUACUAUGAUGAUUAAGAAAAACAGCUGUACCCACUGGCAAUUUAUUACUUUUUACACAAGGCAGUUUUAUUGCUAGGAAUAUCUUGAUUUUAGCUGCAGGUGUGCUGAACAGAGGAAAAUAUGCAUUCAAGCCACAAGUGUAGGGUUUAUUUUUAUAAAAAUGAGCAAACGUCAGGCUUGUUACUGCUGUACCAUUGCCUGGUGCUUGUCAUACUCGGAUGCUUUGGGCCUGCCAGGUUAGCUUGGCUGGAAGGAUACAAGGCUGAAAUUUGAGUAAGCAUAUUGCUUCCUGUCCUUAUUAAAUAACAAAAGUUGCCAAUUGACACAGUGCUUCCAGAUAUUGCAUGGCAGAUUUACAUUGGCUGGCAUGAAUAGCACCACACCCUUACACUACAUCAUGUGGGAUUUGGGGCUUUUGUGCUGUGAGUAGGAAACCAAGCACAUGUCUCUUUGUAUUCACAGGGCCACCUUUGGUGGGGGAGGGAAACAGUUGUCCCGGGCCCAGUGGGUUUUUCAGUCUUAGAGAGGCCCGGCCGGCCUGCACUUACUUGAUUAGCUGAGCCCCCUGCUACCAGUAAACUACAGAGCUCAGAAUGGAGGGCAGGAGCCCAGCUUCCUGUAAGCUCAUUUGUCAGUGAAGUUUAAGUCCUGUUAAAGCCACAUCGGGAUUGGAUGGGAGGUUCAAACUUCCACCAUACAAUCCUUAUGUGGCUCUACAUGGACUUAAACAGUAGCAGUAAUUUGUAAUGGGAAAAUAGCCAUGCAGACAUUAAAUUUGUUACAGAAUGAGAUUCCCUUCUCAAGCUGUAUGUGGAGCUUUUAGUUAAAUGAGUCUUUUGUCUUAGGCUUUAUCCUCUAUCCUGUCUGUAUCUGAAUCCCAGGUAAGGGAUCAGGUUUUUAUAAAAACAGUAUGGAUUUUUUAAAUAAAUGUAGACUCAAAAUAUGUGGGGGGGCCCUUGAUUUCUCAUAGCAGUCGUGUACACACAGCACAUUCUGUUAUUGUUAUUUUUUUUAAUUAUUUAAUUUUGAGGAGCUCUCAAGUGUGAAAUUAAAGCAGCUAUCUGGUUGUUAGUGUCUAAUUAAACCCUAGCAACCAGGCAGUGGUUUGAUUGACACACCGGUAAA